AACAUAAUAAACAGGGUUGUUAAUGGACAAUGGAAAGUGAAGCAGAAGCUGUGAUUGUCCAAGGAAAAUCACUACACCUAUUUGGAAAAGACUUUUUGAGUUACCAUCCCUUGAUAGCUGAUUUUAGUCAAGCCUUACCUCAAUGGAAUAUUUGCAACAGGCAUGGGAUUGAGUAUGAGUUAUAUUGGCAGGGAUGUAUUCUUGCAUGUUCUCGAGGAACCGUCAAACAGAAGAUGCUUUUGAAGUGUCUGACAGUGGAUCAGCCCAUCAACCAAGCCAUGUUAGCCAGCAUGUCAAACGAGCGUGACGAAUCUGAGGACUACAUAGUGGUUGUUACGGAUGUCAAUGUUCAUUUCUUCUCCUUUCACGGCCAGGAUAUUUCCAGAGCUCUCCCAUUCCACGGUGCUCACGUGUGGUCACUUAAUCCCGGUCUCCUCAUACACAAAAAGCCAUGUAAGAGGGGAGACUCCACUCAUUCCUCAACGGUAUCGCUACUAGACCCACUGGACGAAUACAGUUACAUUCAAAUGGACAGUUCCAGCUCUAGAGACAGCUUUGGAAGAGAGAGUGUUCUAGACAAUUCUUACAACAUCUUGUCUGUGCUGGCUUCUGAUGAAACCAAACUAAUAGUUACAAGCCAAAAUUCAUCACUUAUUAUAUGGAAGCUUAACAAGAUAGAGAAAAGUCCUGUGACAAUGCACUCAUCUAACUUUACUCCUAUUGACGAUAUCGAGGGACUUAAAUCAAAAAUUGGAGUUGCGAUAUUUACUCCAAACUCUGCCCGUUCCAACACAAGUCGGAUUAUCAGUAACUCUCAAGUAAAACAACAGGUUCACAGAGAACGGACCCCGAGCACCAACGCGUCCUCCUUUCUCCACACUCUACCUAAUGUGACGUCAGGAGAUGGUCACAGCGCUGUUAACCACACUCUACUCAGUACUACUAGGUACUCUACUAUUUGCAGUGGAACUGGUCUCUACAUUACUAAGGUGUAUAGUGACAGCAACAUUGGUUCCUACAAGAACAUCAAAGUUUCAAAAUACAGCUCUCACUUUGGGGACAAAUUCCUGGCCAUCCUUGACCCAAGCACUUGUUCAUUGCAAUGUCUGAAGCUGAAGGAUAACGGCGGGCUGUGUCCUCCAGUGUUCAUUCCGUGUUCUGACUUUGGUCACAUGCCCCAAUCUCAGUUUCUAGUUGUUAUCCAUCCUGCUGGACUGGUCUAUUUGUACGAUGGUGUCUGUCAGAUGGUGCGACUAAUACUUCAUGACAAGGAGAUCAUCAGUAAACCUGCUAACAAGAAACCUAGAAAAAGGAGCAGUUCAGAGGACAUACUGGCGGCGCAAAUUUCUUUUUCUCUCCCUGAAGCCUUUGUUUUGCGUGAACAGGACGGUCUCAAUCAUUAUUGCGAGAUCCCGACAGUAGCACGUGACCCCGUUAUAAAGAAUGUGGUGGCGGGAAUGAACGCCUUACACCCCAACAGCGAGUGUUUCUACAGAAUCCUGGUCAGACUGUUUCUUUCUAACACUGAUAUGGACUCCUGGGAGGUGCUUAAAGCUGCUCUUCUUGAGUUUGUCGGCGUACGAGGAGGUCAUGAUCAUUCCUCGGUUACACUGCACGAUCCUACUAUACGACGUACUAGACACUCCCAGACGAAUGAAGACUGGGAGUACAUGCUGAACGUUAUGCUGAACGAGGUUAAUGGCGGAGCAUUCGGUCUUCCUCUCCUCGACAAUAUGACGGUUAAGGAGCUGCAGCCUUCUCAGAUGACUGCAUCUAAAGAGUUGUGUGAAAGUACACUACAAGUUUUACACUUGGUACACUGUGAACUACAACUGGAUGUUCACAACAGAGUUGUGUGCCAGAAACUCGCUGAUGUUAUCCAUCAUAUCUCCUGUGCAGGUGGAUUUGAGGAGUACGUGAAUUUCUACAGAUCAUCUCAUCCGCACCUCGGAGCUCUCUUACCACACUCACUGUCUCCAAGUUUAGUGUCACUGAACAACACGCUGAUAAGUCUACUCAGUGGCAACAAGCCAGACAUGCCUCCUCUAGUUCCAGGCAUCACGGAUCUAACAGAGUCAGUUCUAAUACUAUACCUCCUUAUCACAGAGCAACCGCUUAGCCAGCAGUCGCUGAGGUACCUGAGGUCAGGAUCCAAACGAGUUGAGAUGGUAAACGUAGCUCUAGCUGAGAAGAAGUACUCAUCACUCGCUGACAGGGUACUUGUUGCCAUGGUAACUCUCGGUCUAGACCAGAGAACAGUAAACUCGCUCCCAGUUGGGAUCCAGCUGCCACUCCUGGACGUGUUAUACCCAGCUCACUGCAACCCUCCCUCUGGCUUACCUCCCCCUGCCUACACACUUGUGCACAGGACAGAUGUUAUUAGUUCAGCACCCUCCCACUUUAUGCAGUGCAAUUCAACUAAAAAGGAACAGGAUAUGGAGUCUGACAUGGCUUUUGAAUCUCCCGUCCUCGAUUUUAGGUUCCCAGAAGAUAAGCGGGUUGAGGAGGCGGCUCACAUGUUUGCAACAUCACAGCCCGUUAAAAUAGUCGUCAGCAGACGCCCUGAGAUGACAGACGCUGAAUAUGUGGACCAACAGGAGCUGCUGCUUUUCAACAAAACGAAGCGAACAAUGGCGAUACCAGUCGGCAGAUCUCUCUUCACCUUCAGCACCUUCAGACCCAGUCCGAGAGACCCCAUUGUGAUCCCGGAUGUUUGCAUCAGCGGCAAGGCCCUGCCUCGGGGCAAUACUGUCAAACUUGACCUGGAUAUUCCUGCUGAGAUGAUUCAUUGGAGCGAGUUCCACAGUGGGGUGGCAACUGGGUUACGCAUUGAUCCACUUCUCUCGGAUAUUGACAGUCAGUGGAUAGUCUACAACCGACCACAAGAUCUCACUAAUAAACAUGCUGGAUUCCUCUUCGCGCUAGGACUGACGGGACAUCUCAAGAAACUCUCGUCUCGGAAUUUGCACGACUAUCUCUGUCAAAGACACAAGUUUACUAGCAUUGGACUGCUUCUUGGAUUGGGGGUCACAAAUAAAGGAACUCAAGACGAGACCACCACAAAGCUGUUCUCAAUCCAUAUUCCAGCCCUCCUCCCUCCCACUGCUGUCCCUCUGGAACUCGACCACCUGGUUCAAACUGCUGCUAUCGCUGGUCUUGGUCUUGUCUACAUCGGGUCAGCUCAUCGCCGCAUGGCUGAGAUUUUGUUAGAUGAAAUCGGGCGUGCCCCAGGACCGGAAAUGGACAACUCGGAGGACAGAGAAGGAUACUCGUUAGCAUGUGGUUUCAGUUUAGGAUUGGUCUUGCUCGGCAUGGGAAAUGAGAACCUGCCUGGACUUGAUGAUCUCAAACUAUCUGACAGGUUAUACAAGUACAUUAACGGAGGAAAGAAGGAAGAAUCCUCUUCCGUGGUACCACCCAGCUUCAGAAUAUGGGAGGGUAACAUGAUUAACACUAGUGUUAGUUCUAUUGGAGCUACUGUUGCCCUCGGACUGACCUUCCUCAAAACAGGUAACCAGAACAUAGCCCGGACUCUAGCAGCUCCCCACACAGAGUUUCUACUGGAGGGUGUCAGGCCGGACAUGCUGCUCCUCAGGUCAGUGUGUUAUGGGCUUAUCAUGUGGGACGAGAUCUUACCAACAACCGACUGGAUCAACUCUCAAGUUCCCGAGGUGUUAUUGGAUUGUCUGGAAGUACUGACAGGAGUUUCAGAAGACUCCUCUGGAAUUUCACUGAAAGUUGACCCGGAGACAGCAUUUCCUUGCACUCUGACUAUUCUAGCUGGAGGAUGUUUCGCUCUAGCGUUGAGAUUUGCAGGUACAGCUAAUAAAGCCGCUUUUAAGACAAUCAUGUUCUACCUUUACACCACGCACCACAUCAGCAGGCAUCCUCGUGACUUUGCUGGUUUCUCUAAAGAUCUGACAGAGAUGUGUUUGGUUUGCCUCCUUGUCUCUGCCUCCAUUGUCAUGGCUGGAACAGGGAACCUAGAGCUAAUGAGACUUAUAAGAAAGUUGAGGAAGAGAAUAGUCCCAGUAAACACGUACGGUCACAACUUUGUCACGUACGGAUGUCACAUGGGCAUUCACAUGUCCCUCGGACUUCUCUUUCUUGGUGGUGGCAGAUACACUCUGAAGCGCGAUAAUGAGUCUGUAGCGGCCCUGUUUCUCAGCUUGUACCCAAUCUUCCAAACUUGUCAAGACGACAACACGUACCACCUGCAGGCUUUCAGGCACCUCUGGGUCAUUGCAGCUCAACCUAGAUUGCUGAUAACAGUUGACGAGCACACAAACACUCCCUGUUACGUUCCAGUGACUAUCACCACCUCGCCCGACUGUGUACCACGUGACAUCACUGACCUGUCACGUGAUGCGAGGAAAUGCUCUCCUGAUUUAAUGGACCAAUAUAAUGAUAUCUCCCGCUCUGUCUUUACCCCUGUAAUGCUGCCUGAAUUUGAUACCAUCAAGAGUUUAUCAGUCAUUGGGGAGCGUUACUGGCCAAUAACAGUGAGUGAUGUGGAAACUUUAAAGAAAGGAUUCCUAUACGUCAAAAAACGGGCUGGAUUUCUUGAGUAUAAAGAUGAUCCUGAGGGAAAGAUCAACACAUUGGGCCGGGGGGAUAGGUUUACCACGCCCAUCAUUGAUACCAUUAAAACCUUCUCUAAAGAUGAAAGUAUUUUAUUGUUCGCUGAGAAGUUUUGUGCCGCUCAGAGCUCUUCUUCAGGAGUGGAGUUCUGUACUGAGCAGUUGUUGAGCUGCUUGUUGGAGGAACGAGCUCAAUAUCUGCCCUUCUACACCACUUUACACAAAACUUUUACCUCAUUUGUCGACUCACCUGAUCCGGUACAAGCUGAGAAUAUCAGACUUAUCGUUACAUUUUACGAGGGAAAAAGAUCGACUCACCUGUUCUCGAGCAAGCUACUCUCCAAGUUAAGCUACAGGUUGGAGGAACUGUAUAAGGACGCUGCAGUGGCUGAACCUAAGGCGGAACUGCCGCUCAGUGACAUAGCCAAGAAGACCAUAAACUCUCAUCGCUGGGUAAUAGAAACUGAUAACGAUUCAAGUGAUACCAAUGUGUUGUCCGAUGUUGCCGAAACCCUGUCUGCGAAACAGCCGCGGGAAGUCGUAGCAAAGUUUAUGGAGCUGUUGACAAUUUCAGGGGUCUGAUAAUUAUAAUUAUACCGUCCGAAAGUCGUCAUGUUUUUUGUUUGACUAUAUGAAUUAUUCAUCAAUGUAAUAGUAUAAGUAUCGCGGUUUGAGGAGCUGAUAAAAUCUAUGCGUAAUAUCUGUUUUAAACUUGAUC